GGGGAGGGGAGGGGAGGAGAGGGAAGGGAAGGGACGGGGGCUGUUGAUGAAUGCAGAAAUUCGCCUGCGGCUGCUGCUGCUGCUGCCGGUGCCAGUGGCAGGGGCGAAUUUAGGAGGGAGAGCGGCAGAGGGGCGGGGGCUCAAGUUGGCCAGGACGCUCGUUGGCGUUGCUGUAAUUGUCUUUGUCGUUGUAAUGACAUUCCGUCAGUCAGACGUGAAGAGUGCUGCUCACGAAAGAGUGAAGGAGGAGUGAAAGUGAUUUGACUCUGGCGUGGCGGAGGAGUGAGGCACGUGGGAAGGUGAGGACGGAGAGUCGAGACGGUCGCUUCCGACGGUGCUCGAAAGUCCUCGAAAUUUCGGGGAAUUGACAGUUUUAAUGUUCCCCUUUUGAGGAAAGAAAUCUCGCCAUUUUUCACGAUAAAAGUGCUCUGGCCGAUUGGCUGGCUGCCUAGGAGCUACCAGUGCUGACCCACGCUUUACGGCGUAGUUCUCGUUUUGUGUCCAUUCUCUCGUGUGUGGAUUGCCCGAACCGUAUUGAUGGACGUAACGAUCCUAAAAAUGCCUUGUGCCAUCCCGGUCGAGCCCUCAGCUCGUGGCACGUGCCACGGUCGUGAUCUUGUUCAUUAGCUUCUUCUCUACUGUUCCCCAUGGAAGAAGAGAAGCUGCAGCUAGUUUCCCGGGAAUUAGACUCUACACUCGGCGCAAGUAACUAGAUAAAAAUAUCUGAGAGCACACCCCUCCCUCCAUGGUGCCCGAAUCGGCCUGUGCUCUUCGUCGUCACCUGUCAUUCUUUCCUCUUUAGUAGUCAAGCUGCAUGUGAUGUUCUCAGCAUCGAGCUCACGAGUUCACCCAGCGUCGGAGCAUGUCUUUAUAUCUGCCUCUCCUCCAUCCGACCUAGCGUGAAUCCGUGACUGCCCGACCCACGAUACAGUGCUCAAUAAGAAUAAAGAAGACCCCUCAUAAGUGGGUAUUUUAAGGAUGGUCUGUGCAACAAACCCGGGGGACCAGCUUCGCCUACGUUGCUACAGAAUUCAUGAGCACUGUGCUUGCGUCGUUUAGCAGGGCCCGAGUCCUUGCAGAAAUAUCACCGCUCAUGGGGGACUUCAGCACUUCGUCCUGUGUCAGGCUCUAAACCUCCAUCAAGGUUCUCCGCGGAGCCCAGCAGGCCACCGCCGUCUUGCACCUCUUUGACCGUGGAACCGGGCCAUCCAGCAAGCAUCUUUGUUCAGCCUUCCAUCGGAGGAUUUCGAAAGACCCGGUGCAUCUGCUGAGCGACUUUGUGGGGUCGUGACAGAAGUUUCUUAGGCCUGUAGUUGUCCGCCCUUCUAUGUUCUCUUUCCGGAGGCCAGACUUUUUAGGACGAAGAUUAAUUCAAACCUCGAAUAUAUAUUUUGACCGGUGGAUCUAGAAUUAUUGAGGGCCUACGUGACGGCCCUAAAGUGACUCGAGCGCAUUUUUUAGCAACAAUCUUGCGACGCAAACUCGUUGCUGUGAGCUCUGCGCUCGAGGCAGAAGCUCGUCGCGCUCGUCCGUGUCCAAUAACCCGGAGCGCCUCUGGGAUUUGCGGUUGGCUUCGGAAGACGUUUUGCUUCUUCCUACUCGGUGGUUGGAGCAGGCCUGUCAUAAGAGAGCAUUUCGAAGCUUUCUUCCUGCGUCAUCUUUCAUGAGGUUGCCUCAGACUGCACUGUCAGGCUCCUAAGACGCUGAGCCGAGCCCAAGCGGUGAAGCUCUCGUUCCUAGAAGUUAUCAGGCCUAUACGUCCCGGGGCCCGCACUGUGUUCUUCGGGAUUGAGUCGCAUUCUUCACUACCAGGACGAUUUUAGCUGCGUCGCUUACUGAUUUCUCUCAGCAAGGUACCGACCUCAUGUGACUUGUGGUUCGAUAUGCUCAUCCGAGCCUGCCAUCCUACAGAGUAAACUCACAGAGAAGCUGGAUGGCUUUGAGUCACAGGAUCGUUAGUGAAGAGUCAGUGCAGAGAUAUGUCACACACGCCAGUGAAAGAUGCGUGCAGGAUUUGCUCGCAGCCUCUCGACCCGAACUUUACGAUGAUUGGAAACUUUAUAGGAUCAAAAGAGGUGUAGAAAUAUCUCGAAGAUCACAGGGAUCAGUGAUGCUUGUCCGAGGAAGGAGUUUUGUCGACGUGCCUCCUUCACAGAUUCGGAGUCUUGCCAGUGCAAUUGAGACUGCUAAGCAAUGGGACCCUUACUUUGUGGAAGGUCAGUACCUGCGAAGUGUACAGGAGAAUCUGGAUCUUCUGAGAUUGGUUUUCAGCGGAGGAGCCGGACCACUUUUCAGGAACAGAGAAUUCAUUGUUUAUGAAAGAAGAGAGACCAUGGAUGAUGGAACACAGGUCAUCGCUGUUGCUUCUCUGCCAAGGGAGCUUGCCGCUGGAAUAUACCCGGAAGAAUCGAAGCUAGUUCGUGGGCUGCUGAUGCAGUCGGGAUGGGUCAUUGAGCAAGUCGAACAAUCUGAUGCUUGCAUCGUGACUUACGUGGCACAAGUCGAUCCGGCUGGUUGGUUACCGAAGUGGUUAGUGAACAUUCUCAGUGUCAAGCUGGUCCUAGUGAUCGACGAUCUGUACAGGCUUGCUCAGAGCUUCAAGUGAGUGCGCUGGCCCAAAAUAGAAACAAAGCUAAUGUUCAGUUUUCCUCUGUCGAGCAUUACAAUUUCGGAGGAACCUCCUCCGACUGAGCUUUGACAAUUUUACGCUAAGCUUUUGCAUCUCAAUUCGCAUUCACUUCUUAUGUCCUUAAUCUUCAUCUGCUCAUCGACAACAUCUAUUUCAAUUAGUUGAAGAGCAAUGUGUUUGAUAUCAAUGAACGAAGAUGGACGAAUUCCAGGGAUCCCUAGGGCUAGGUUCACUGGAACAUAAUUGUAAGUUGAUGAUCGUAAUUAGUGGUUCGAGAAACGAUUUUGGUAUCGAACUCCAGUGUAGUUCAUUACGCUGCUUCUCCUCUUUCAAUUCAGACAAAAGAUUUUUUGAAGCGAUUAGUCAGCGUUUACUGAUACUUUAGUCAAUCGAUCAUUUGUACUUUUGAACAUCUUACCAUUCAAUUGUAGAUAUACAUUUUGGAGCAUUUGGCCACCUUCUUUGAACUUUUCCCUCAUUUUGUGGGUUCCU